CCAUGCUGCUCCACCUCACCUCACGAGUCUCACACCUCCUGCAACCCUCUCUCCUUUCUUUCUAGAGAGAGAAAGCAAGACACGCCUAGAGACUAGAGAGGGCGGCAGUCAGUGCGAGCGUGAGGACGGAGGAGGAGAUGGAGAGGGCGGCGCCGGUGAGGAGCUCCCACACCUCGACGGCCAACCUGCUCGCGUGGCCGCAGCCCCAAGGCCCCGCCACGCCGUCGCCGGCGCGCCACCCCGGCCAGCCGUCGGAGGCGAUCAGGAAGGUGGUGUUCGGGGGCCAGGUUACUGAGGAGGAGGCCGACAGCCUUAGCAAGAGGAAGCCGUGCUCCUCGCCCAAGUGGAAGGAGAUGACGGGGAGCGGCAUAUUCGCGGCCGGGAGUAACUGGGACGCCGGGGAGGCCACCGCUGCCCCGAAGCCCGCCCGGAUUGCCUCGCGCCAGGCGAUCAGUACUGUAAGCCACAUCUCUUUUGCUGAGGAUGGAAGUGAUCCACCCAAAAAGCCAACUUCACUAGCUGAGGUGGCAAAGCAGCGUGAGCUUAGUGGUACUCUUCAAAGUGAGGCAGACAGUAAGAUGAAGAAGCAGAUAUCAAAUGCAAAAUCCAAAGAGCUCAGCGGCCACGACAUCUUUUCUGAUACUCAAGAUUUCAGGUCUAACAGGGCAAGGAACUCAUCAAAUGGCAGCACUCCCUCACACACACCUGUGAAAAAUGCAAACGUGAGCACCUUCUCGUUUGGAGAGGCCAACACUGACAGCGCGCCGAAAACAGCAAAGAAGAUUACUGGCAAGAAGUUCACUGACCUCACCGGCAACGACAUCUUCAAGGGAGAUGCAGUGCCAGCUUCUGCAGAGAAGCAUCUGAGCACCGCAAAACUGAAGGAGUUUACUGGUAGCAACAUUUUUGCAGAUGGGAAGGAACCAGCCCCGGCGCGCGUAGGUGGAAACCGCAAGCCUCCUGGCGGCGAGAGCAGCAUCGCGCUGGUUUAGCAUCUUGGAUGGACCUUGUCCUAGCCCAUGUUUGCCUCCGUAGGAGUUUGUUGAUGGCGCAGGUUGAACCUGUCAGUUUGCAGUCUUGUUUUCGUGAUCCGGCUGUGCGUCCCAUUUUUAGUCAUCAUGAUCUAGUUUAACUUUUGGUGUGUGUAUGCUGUUUUGUUUGGUUUGUGACAUGCCCAAUGGAACAAUUUAAUGGCGUGCUGUCUAAUUUCUGUGACUGGAGAUGCAGUGUAUUGGUACCAUGCUCUUGUCAGUGGAUAUACAUGUACUACUAUGUUUGAGAAAUAAUAACAUGAUGAAUCAGAA